UUACUGUGAAUGAGGAUGAAUCGAGAUGAUACAGGCACAGUGCCUGGUAUCUGCUCUGAGCUCUUCCCUUAGUAUUUUCCCAGGCCUCUGAGGCUUGCUGCAUAGGGAGGUAUUGUCUCUGAGUGUGAUUCAGUGGAUACUAAGAGUCCUGGUCCCCCCCCACCAUUAUCUUCUCUUAGCCGUCGACUACAAGGCCUAACCAUUUACCAGUAGAAAUUCAUCACCCUCUCCCUGACCCAUCUUAAAAUACAAAUGCCCCCAAGAGGAGUAACACUUUGAGCCAGUAGGCAAGAGCUGGAGGUCUUGGGGCUCACCCCGAGUCUGGAUGGGCUGGAAUGGGUGAGUUGGGGUGAAGGGUAGAGGAGGUAUCACUGCACACUUCAGUUAAAGAAGGAGGUAUCUUUUGAGCCGUGGAGUUUCUCCAACGGAGGCUGGAACACCCAGAUAACAACAACGAGGAAGCCUCGGCAGUCCAGCCUUGACCCCUGCGGGGUGUGCGGUCAAGAGACCCGGCCAUAGGGGUAGAGCUGGGGGGCGGCGGGUGCGCGGGGGGCGGGGACAUGCCUGCUCUGCAAGCUGAUUGGCUGGCAGGUGCGGGCUGUAGGGGCCCGAAAUUAGGGGCUACCAGGCUGUGCGGACCGCUAGUCCCACCACUCUCUCCGCCCCGCGGCAGCCGGAAUCGGGCUUCUGCUUCCCAGCCCGCGGCUCCCCCACCACCUCGCUCCCCACCACUCCCCCGGCUUUCCGGGAUCCGAAUUUGGAGGCCCCUUAAAGGGUCCCCGUUGCUCUUCGUCCGGUCCUGCAGAACGGAAGUGGGGAUCCUGGACUUCGGUUCCAGACGGUGGAGAUCGGGAUGGCUUCCGUGCUGAUCCGAGAAGCCAAGGAGGGAGACUGUGGAAAUAUCCUGAGGCUGAUUCGGGAACUCGCUGAGUACGAGAAACUCUCAGACCAGGUGAAGAUCAGUGAAGAAGGGCCCUGUGUGGUGGGCUAUGGGCUAUACUACUUCAUCUACAGCACAUGGAAGGGACGAAACAUUUAUCUGGAAGACAUCUACGUGAAGCCAGAGUAUCGGGGUCAGGGGAUUGGCUCCAAAAUAAUCAAAAAAGUGGCUGAGGUGGCCCUGGAUAAGGGCUGCUCCCAGCUCCGCCUGGCAGUCCUAGACUGGAACAAGGGGGCUAUGGACUUGUAUAAGGCCCUAGGAGCCCAAGAUCUGACGGAAGCUGAAGGUUGGCACUGCUUUCGCUUUGAAGGAGAGGCGAUGAGGGAGUUGGCAGGAAAGUGACGCCAUCCCUUGCGGAUCUCUAUUUCAGCUUCUUCAUCCCCACCAGCUCAAGCAGUCCUCAGAGACUGCCUCCACUGACCAAGGCCUCCCUGAAGGAAGGGAAGGAGGGUUGGAAGUGAAUACUCCCAGACGGAAAGAACAGAGGUGAGGAAGAGGCAAGGCUUCCCACCUCCUUGUUAAGGGUGAAAAAUAAAUGAGAAUUCCCAUGUGUUGAUGUGGUGUUGGGUGGAGGAAUUGAGGAUGUGACAAGCUUCAGCUAUUACGACCCUUCCUCAGUGUCUUCUGGUCAGUGGAUGUUGCUCCUGGGGAUAAAAGUGGGCCUAAGAUGACUUUCACCCACAAUGGACCAGAGUAUUGACUCUGGCCUCUAGCACACAUAUCAGGCUUGUUGCUCGGGCUUGGGACCCAGACAAAGGUCUCCAGUGUCUGGACUGGGCUGUGUAGAAUCCGAGACUGAGGCAGGCCCACCGACUCAACAGAUGGAGCAGGCUGCCACCUGGUGGUGGCAUUUUAGGGACACUGGGAAGGACCACUGGCCCCAACUUUUCAAAAAAUCCACUCACCUAGCGAGUGCUUUUUCUUUUUCAAAAGUCACAAAGCCUUUAUUUUCAGUUCAGCAGAACCAAAACAAACCUUUAGGACGCAUGGAGACAAGAAGGGAAACAGGUUCAUUUCCUACUUUCAUCAUAUUUCGUAAUGCAGGUUUGUUGUAGAGAAGUUUGAAGGGACAUAUAAAAAUAAAAUCCAUAGCCUUACUUACAUCUCUACUCUUAACCCUUUGGUAUUGAUUCUUUAGAUUUUUUCAAUGUACAUAUAUACAUACAAUUAGUUAAGUGCGGGGGGAUUUAUGGGAUCAACUCUUUUGCAACCUGUUUUUUCAUUUAACAAUAAAUCAGAAACAUCUGCCUAAGUUAUUAAACACAUCAUCACUUUCAGUGGUGACAUAUUAUUCCUCUUGUGGAGGAACCAUUGGUUAAAUGGUCAUAAUUUAGACACUGAAAGUGGACAAGAAGGUAACAUACAUGUGUCAAUUGUAAAAAACAGGAUCCAUGGAGUCUAGAGAGUUGAAGAUCCAUCUCAAAAUUCGAAAUUUAAAAAAAAUACAAUUCAGCCAAACAACACUUCAAAUGCCCAAAUUCUUCCAGAGGGGUGCCAAUUUGGGGCCCUUAAAACGAGUUUACAACAGAUGGGCCUUUAGGACAAACUUGAUUGAGAAAUAAUGAAGCUUGUCAGCCCCUUCCACAGAUGGGAGCCAGAAGAAUCCAGUUUCAUGCCCUUGGCUCAUCUAAUCUGCAGGGAUGAAUAUCUUUUUAACAUGAACAAGUUAUCUUUUGACGGCACUUUUAAAACUGAACUCAGAAUGAGUUAUUUCUGGAAGGACACACAAACAAGCAGAGAGUGGUCGCUUCCAGGGAGAGGAACUGGGUGUCCAGGUAACGGAAGGAAGGGGACUCUUCCCCAUACCACUUUGGAUCUUCUGAAUUUUGUGCCUCGCCCAUGUAGUACUUCAGAAAAAUGAAUAAAUAAAACUUUAAAUGCUAAUGCAGAAGAAAAGAGUAUGAACUAGGAG